CCAUGCAAGCACCGAGUGCGUCAGGUCUACUGCCCAGACAGACAGAAGAGAGAGAGGAGGAGACCGAGCAAUAGCCACCAAUACGCUACUAAUACCUUGUCUCUUUUAACGAUUAUUUAAGUCAAAACAGGCAGAACAGACAUUCACCUGGCCCAGGCUAGCGACCCCCGACUCCCCCUGCCCCGAUACCCUUAUACACAGAAAUGAGCGGCAGCGGGCGGCCCAGGACCAGCUCGUUUGCCGAGCCACCGGGGGUGUCCGGAACCGCUUCAUCCGCCGCCGGAUCGGCCGUUGCCGGGGGCAGCACCUCAGGAAAGUCCGGGGCGUCGCAGGCCUCAGGGGGCAGCUCGUCCGGAUUCGGGAGUCUGAAGCUGAGCAGAGACAGUGGCAAGGUGACGACUGUGGUGGCCACGCCUGGCCAAGGACCGGACCGCCCACAGGAAGUGUCCUACACGGACAUCAAGGUUAUCGGCAAUGGGUCCUUCGGCGUUGUGUACCAGGCACGCCUCAUCGACAGCCAGGAGAUGGUGGCCAUCAAGAAGGUGCUGCAGGACAAGAGGUUUAAGAACCGUGAGCUACAGAUCAUGAGGAAGCUGGACCACUGCAACAUUGUGAGGCUACGCUACUUCUUCUACUCCAGCGGCGAGAAGAAAGACGAGGUGUAUCUCAACCUGGUGCUGGACUUCGUGCCAGAGACUGUGUACAGGGUAGCUCGGCACUUCAACAAGGCCAAGACCACCAUCCCCAUCAUCUACGUCAAGGUGUACAUGUACCAGCUGUUCCGCAGCCUGGCCUACAUCCAUUCCCAGGGUGUCUGUCACAGAGACAUCAAGCCCCAGAACCUGCUGGUGGACCCCGAGACUGCCAUCCUCAAGCUGUGUGACUUCGGGAGCGCAAAGCAGCUGGUCCGCGGCGAGCCCAACGUCUCCUACAUCUGCUCGCGGUACUACCGCGCCCCCGAGCUCAUCUUCGGGGCCACCGACUACACCUCCAACAUCGACAUCUGGUCGGCGGGCUGCGUGCUGGCCGAGCUGCUGCUGGGACAGCCCAUCUUCCCCGGGGACAGCGGGGUGGACCAGCUGGUGGAGAUCAUCAAGGUCUUGGGGACCCCAACGAGGGAACAGAUCCGGGAGAUGAACCCCAACUACACAGAGUUCAAAUUCCCGCAGAUCAAAGCACACCCCUGGACAAAGGUGUUUAAGCCGCGCACCCCGCCGGAGGCCAUCGCGCUGUGCUCCCGGCUGCUGGAGUACACGCCCGUGACGCGGCUCUCUCCGCUGGAGGCCUGCGCCCACGCCUUCUUCGACGAGCUCCGCCAGCCAGGCGCCCGCCUGCCGAGCGGCCGAGAGCUGCCCCUGCUCUUCAACUUCAGCCCUGUUGAGCUGUCUAUCCAGCCCCAGCUGAACUCCACUCUCAUUCCUCCUCAUGCCCGUGCACAGACGUCGCCCGCUUCGCACGAGGGCAGUGUGUCAGACAGCCCAGCCCAGCCCAGCCCAGCACCUGGACCUCUCAGCAACAGCACCUGAAGACCCCUCGUUCUGUUUGUCUGUCAGAUCCCCUCUCCUCUACCCAUCUCCUUUCCCUCUUCUCCAACAUUACUGGCUCCAAACUGUAGUAAGCUGAUCCCUACACACUCACGCACACACACUCAUGCACAUACACGCACGCACGCACACUCACGCGCACAUUCAUAUGCGUACUCAAACUCCGGUCCCACAUAUCCCCCCACUUUUUGAUAAGUCAGCUGUCAUACAGGUUUUUCAUGUUAGUUUUGCAGCAGGGUAUAUAGUGGGAGUUUGACUGCAUUUGCAGGGACUGCCAGGUCAGUAUAAGCUAUGUCCAGGCUUGGUCUACUGUAGACGUCUUUUGUCUUCUCUAGUACUUGGCAGAUAUCAAAAUGAAGCCAGGCCAGUUCAGAAAAUCUGUCAUAUCCUUGGCAAAUGUAAAUGUUAAUUGCAUAGUCAGGGGAGAUUAAGAGGUAGGUUGUGUGUAAUCUUCACUUCAUUUUAUCCUAUAUUUUUUGAAUGUUUAUUUAUUUAAUUUCUCCAGACUUUGUUUAUUAUGACAAUGAAAAAACAUUGCUCAUAUAGAAUAUAUAAAUGUAGUUAAUUUCCAGUUUAAAUAGACCGUAAUCACCCUGUCCAGCAGUGUAAAACCUGUGGGCAAAUAGGGGCUCUGGGCAAACACCUCCACCUAGUGGUGAACCUUGGUACAAAUCAGAACUUUAAAAGCCCGUUUGCACAGACAGACUGAUUGUGUGGAUUCAUUUUGCUUUAACAUCACGGCAGUUUCUUUCUGUUGGGUUUGAGGAGGCUUGUGCCAGAGACUCUAGAGGAGCUUUACUGCAGUGUGAGAGUGUUGAUUCUCUGUUGUAGAACCAGUGUUGUGUCACUUCACAUUGCAGUUCAGUGAGAAACUCUCUGCUGUUCUCCGUACUGUGAGUUUAAAGACAAAGCAGGGCCGUUUAGUUCUGCACAUAAAUGGAGAGUAAGACUGUGGUUUUAUACUUUUUUAUAUGAAAUCAUCUAAAAAAAUGACAACAAAAA